AAGGGCUGCGGACGCUGCCAUGGAGGCUGCCGCUGGGUGCGUUCCCCAGCUGUGGGGACGCCAUCGAGGGUGUGCUCCGAGAUCAGCUCCUGCUGCGGCACAUGCAGGCGGAGAACGCUGCAGAGCUCGGGCUCAAAGUGGAAAGCUUUGAGAAGAAGUGCAAGAGCAGCGCCUUGAAGCUCUUCGCACAGCUUGCAACCUCGGGGGAAGUGGAGCGUGCUUAUCAUGUUGCUCGGUUCUAUUUGGCGAGAAUGGCCGGCUGUGAGAAGGUGCUUGAUAUGGCCUGCAAGCUUGCGGAGAGCGCCAAGCAGUACAAACUCGCUGAUGAGAUCUCGGCCCUUCGGACGAGGACAGAAGCGAAGCUGGCAGCUCCCCUCUUCAGACCUGGCGAGUUUGAGGCUCCCCACACUCAGGUUUCUAGAGAGGAGCCGGCGCCCAGGCCCAAUGACGCAGAAGAGGGGCCGGUCGAUGAAGUGGAGACAGCAAGACAACUGCCUUCGCCCAGCACACAGGCAGCAGGGUCAGCGCAGAUGGCACAAGCGGCACACGCGCCAAAAGGAUCUGGAACUGCUCAGGCGCCGGCCCCGCCCACGAAUCCAUUUGCGCGCAAGAGGCCCUUGCAGGCCGCGCGCUCUACUCGCCAGCCGGCCACACCCAUGGCAAGUCCAGCCAAGCAAGGCCGAACGUCGUGAGCGGCAACUUGCCUUCCUGCCUGCUUGCCUGCCUGCCUGCCUGCCUGCCUGCCUGCCUGCCUGCCUGCCUCUAUGAUAUGUGCAGAGCUUAGGGUCAGCUGAGAGGAGGCAUGCACGUUUCACAUGCUCGGGGCCACUUGCAAU